AUGGCGACGCUAACCGAGACCCUGCCCGAUAGAUUCAACAAGCAUGUCGCAUUUGACAAUGUUACAGCCGGCGAACCGACCAAGAAUAAUGCUAUCUCAUUUACGCUCAAUGUUCGACAUAAGGGUUACCAGGCUAGGCGUAGGUCGCGAUGUUUCAUGGUUGGGGUUGACGAGCAUACCUACUCCGAUUAUGCGUUGCAGUGGCUGCUCGACGAACUGGUUGAUGAUGGCGACGACGUUGUUUGCGUGCGAGUAGUCGAAAAAGAACUGCGCCUUACGGACAAGCAGUACAGGGACGAUGCAGACUCGGUUAUGAAGGGAAUCGUUGCUAGGAAUGGCAAUAACAGAGCCAUCAACAUUGUCCUUGAAUAUGCCGUGGGCAAGUUGCACACGACUUUUCAACACCUAAUCCAAAUGUACCAGCCUGCAAUGCUCAUUGUGGGAACUAGAGGACGCACCCUUGGUGGUCUUCAAGGCCUGGUCAACACCCGCAACUCAUUUUCCAAAUACUGUCUCCAAUAUUCACCUGUCCCAGUGGUUGUGGUUCGACCUACCGAGAAACGCAUUAAGAAGAAGGCCAAACGUGCCAAUGACUCUGCCCGACAGACCUACGUGAGCAUGUUGGCCGCAAAUGCCGGGAAACAUGAGGCCGAUAGUGAGGCAAGUAGCACUUAUGAGCUUGAGGUCCACAACUCGCCCGAUGAAGAAGCGCACCAAGUCGCACGUGCUUUGGGACUGCCUGCAUCUUUCGAUCCUACGAUUAAGCCCCUCAACCAUAGCCAGAUAUCGAGUCGCAGAUCCCCCGACCCUACUGCUACUGCGGGCCCUGUCAAUGAGUCGUCGGAGAACCAGAGAGUUGUCAAAGACGAUGUCAGUGUCGCCGCUGAGAGCGAUGACGAUGAUGAUGACGACGACGACUCUGGAGAGUUCGAAGUUGCGAGCGGGCAACAACUCUUGGACAGGCAGAAGAUGGAUCAACUGCAUAAGAUGGAGGUCGGUGAAGCAGCAGCGUUCAAGAUGAAGGUGGACGAGGAACUCGAUGAAGAAGAUGAUACCCCCUCAGCCUUGAAAGCCACAUCAUAG